AUUAUUCAUCAUUUCCCUCCUCUUCUCAAAACCUUCCAUUACCUUAAACACCAAGCUAUCUAACCAUGUCAUAUUGGUCUGAUCUUCCCCCAGAGCUCCUCGACCUCGUCGCCACCACCUUCGACACCCCGUCCGAUACCCGCCACUUCCGUUCCGUCUGCUCGACGUGGCGGUCUGCCAUCCCUCGGUCACUACCCACUUUUUUCCCUCCUAUAAAAUUCCUUAACUCUGAUGUCCACCACUGUGACCUCCGCCUUACUAAACACUCAUUUUUCCAUAUUUCUCUCUCAUUCGAUAACGACGCACCUGGGUGGCUCAUUAAGACCGAGGAACAUAAUCCUGGUGUCUUCCAUUUGUUUAACCCUUUCUCUAGAACCCUUAUUAAACAUUUAGCUUCUAAUCUCCCAAGAAAAUUGGAUUUAACCGAUUUUAAAAUUAGAGAAUUAGGUUAUGAGUAUGUGUUACGCAACGUUACAAACGUUGAUUUCUACAAUAUGGAGCAUGAAAAGGUAGCAGUUACAUUCCUUAAUUCUAAUCAUGUUAAUGAUUAUGUUAUUUUAUCGACUCAUAACACUGGUAAGUUACUAAUGUACCAGUCUAACGUUGAAGCAUGGACAUUUUUAGAUGAUUAUACUUUAGGUUAUGAUGAUCGGAGUAUAUUUGUUAAUGAUUGGUCCUUGCACUACGUGGAUGUAGUUGAGUUUAAUGGAACAUUCUAUGCUGUCACAAAUUCAGGAAGAACUGUAGCUAUUAAGGUAGUUGAUUCAUCCGUGAAAGUAACGUUGCUAAAAAACUCUAUUAUCGGAGGCGAUAAGAAGUGUUUGGUAAAAUUAGCUGAUGACCUUUUAAUGGUCGAUCUGUAUACAGAUACGACCCCGGGAUUGGUUAAAGUACACGGGGUUGAGAUUUUUAAACUUGAUAAGGAAGAACAUAAAUGGGUUUUGGUUAAGAGUUUAGGGGAGCAUGCAAUAUUUUUGAGCAACCAUUCUUCAUUUGCUGCGGUUGGCUUGAAAGGGUGUAAAGGUAAUUGCAUUUACUUUCAUUUCAAGAACUUGGAGAAUAAGGAUUUUGGUUGCCCUGAAAUUAGAGAAGGAAGUUCUGAUGAAAUGGAUAAUUUUGCAUGGAAAAGUGAUGAAGUUGGUGUUUUUGAUUUCGAAAAUGGCUUUUUUGGUAAGUUGGAAGAAUAUUUGGAAGAUUCUCAACUAUUUUCUUGGCCUCCACCAGAUUGGAUUACUUCGGCACGUAUGAUAUGAAAUCUUUGAUUUUUUUUUUAUUUUUUUUUCCAUUUACGAUCACUUCUUAAUGCAAAUUACGUAGAUUCUAAUAGUA